AUGCACGUGGCCGUCAAGGACUGGGUCGCUCUCUUCGUCUACUCCUUCACGUUCAUGCUGGGCCUUCCCGCCAACCUGCUCGUUCUGUCCGUGUACGUCCGCAAAGCCCGGAAGCGCGGCGCCACGCCCAACGUGGUCUACGCCCUCAACCUCGGCCUGGCCAAUCUGGUGCUGGUGACCUGGUUGCCCGUCAAGGCUUUGGAGACUUUGCUUCAAGACUGGCGGCUCCCGGCUACCGUGUGCCCCGUUUAUAGCUUCUUCCUAUUCUCGUCGCUCUACGGAAGCUGCCUGUUCAUCACGGCCGUGACGAUGGGACGCUACCUGAGCAUCGCCUUCCCCCUCGUCUACAAGCGGUACCGCCGGGCUCGUAUCUCGUGCUUCAUCAGCGCAGCCCUGUGGGCCGUCGUGCUGCUUCACCUCGGCGUUGGCCUCGUGGCGGAAGGCGGCGCCAACUUCGUCUCCGUCAAGGACGACGCUUUGGCGUGCUACGACCGUUUCAAUGCCUCCCAGCUGGCCGUGCUGCUUCCCCUCCGCCUGGAGAUGGCCGCGGUCCUCUUCCUCCUGCCUCUGUUGGUGUCGUCCUUCUGCACGCUGCGUUGCGUCACCCUGGUGUGGCACUCCAACUUACGACCCGCGGGGAAGAGGCGAGUCCUCGCGGUGUCGCUGUCCACGCUGGCUGUGUUCGUGGUGUGCUACGCUCCCUACAACGCCUCGCACGUGGUGGGAUUUGUGACGGGCGAAAACAUAGAGUGGAGAACGUACGCCAUGCUGACGAGCUCUUGUAACGUUUUCCUGGAGCCCGUCGUCAUGUUGAUGCUGUCACCGGCAGCAUCGAGAGAGAUCGUGGGUAGAAUCUGCGCGGGGCAAAGCAGACUGAGUCAUACGGAAGCGUUUCGCCAUCAUUGCACCACUCCCAACACUGUGGCUAAUAUCAGGUCGCCAGCUACCAUCACUGAGAAGAGCCAAGCUGGGGCGGACAUGCUGAAAUUGAGUCAGGAAUGA